GAAAGUGGAAAAAAGUGUUUGGCGAUGUCUUGCAAAAAAAUCACGCCUAAAACAGAAAUAUUUCAAGAAAAAAGCAAUUAUUUUGGAAUGCAUUGAAUGUKCCUGUUGGUUGAGAUGAUUUUUUUGAGCAGUUUUACCAAGUUUGUUAGGUUUCUGCUCCUCAACAUGUAAUUCUUGGGAUGCCUUUGUUUCUUGAGCAGCUAACACAAAGAAAUGUUUCAUGGAUGGCGCUAAGAAUGACAUACCAGUGAAAGGAGAAUAUUAUGUUUCACACAAUGAUCGUUAUGCAGUUAAAUUAACGAUCAAAGAUGCACGCCCUGAUGUUAAUGAUCUGCUUUACAACAAGGAUAAUGCUGAUAAGGGAAAGUUUGCAUUUACGUUUGAUUUUGAUGGGGUUAUGGAAAUCUGCUUUGAAAAUAAAGCCCCAGCAGGAAGUGGAGCUGAUCGUAUCGUGUCACUAAAUGUAUUUCUUGGUUUUGAAACAAAGGACUACAAAGAUAUUGCCACAGCCCAAAAACUUGCUCCUGAGGAAGCAAAUGUGAUGAGACUGUCUGACAUGUCCCAAGAUCUUAUUAAGAGUUUUGGUUGGCUCAUCGUUAAAGGGGAUGAACGGCACAUAGCUAAUGAAUCCACCAGUGGUCACAUAUUAUACCUAGGAACAUUUCUUAGUUUCCUGUUAGUGGCGUUAACUGCUGGACAACUCAUCUACCUGCAUAGAUUCUUUUCUUCCAAGAAACUCAUAUAAUAACCACAAUACGACAAGGAAAUAUAAAGUCACUAUUAUUUAAUAAUUAUUAUAGAAUAUUAAGCCUGUUCUUUAGAAUUUUUUGUUUCUAGAAAGUGUUUCAAGGAAACAUUAAAAAUAUUGUCAUGCUUCUAUUACUGUGCGCACACACUAACGCACACUAACCAGGACCACUUGAAGAAAGUUAACUAAUCAGGGAAUAGAUUGAAAAAGAAAGGAAUCAAACUUUAAAGUCAAACUUGAACCAAUCAGGGGCAAGCAACAAAGCCUAUACCUGAUAAUAUAUUGCUGGUUUGCAAUCAUUCCCAAGAGAGUGAAAUAACGAAAGACCUGGCAGCCAUGUUGGAUGACAUAACAAAAGAGACUAAUGAUGGAUCUUUUGUUAAAUUCAUCCAACAUGGCAGCUGUGAAAACCAUCAAUAUGAGAAAAACUGCAGCAACUGUGGGAAUAAGAGAUAUUGAUUUUGCUCUCUGCUGAUUGGCUAAAGGUUAGAUUGCAAGUAGUCCUGGUUGGUGUAACCACACUGUAAAAGCAGUCACCUAUGGGUAAUAAUAUAACCACCUAGCUUGCAGCUGAAUGGAGGUUGGCCAAUGUUCUAUGUUAUAAUUAUGUUGCUAGAAUAGUUUUACUUAACUGUGAAAAAAUAGAUUAGUAGAUCUCAUAUCCAUUGUUUACUUUCGUGUCUAUUUAUGUCUAUUACACAAGUAUAGUAUAGUAGUAAUAAAUUAUGCGUUCGGUGUGUGUAAUGAAAUAGAGAAAAAAAGAGAAAAAUAUCAAAUGCCCUUGACAGGAAUCGCACCCACGUCUUCUGUAUUCCAGCCCGAUGUGUUAACCACUACACCCU